AUGGGGUGUGGAAAGCAUUCGAAGACAAGUCAUCAGACUUAUGAUAAAAUCUCUAUAAACUUAUACGGCAAAAGUUCAUGCUCAAAAAAGAAGCAAGGAAAAAACAACUCAUUUUCAAUACAUGAAAAAAGGAAAUUGUACUCGAUUAGGAUAUUCACUCCUGACGUUUUAGGACUUCAAGAGAAUCCAGGUGGUUUAGAAAAUAAUGCAAAGGUUGAGUAUAGUAUUUAA